UUGCAGGCAGUGGAUGACUUGUUGCGGUGUGGGAUAUGCUUUGAUUACUUCAGCAUUGCGAUGAUCAUUCCCCAGUGUUCGCAUAACUAUUGCUCCCUUUGUAUACGCAAGUUUUUGUCCUAUAAAACUCAGUGUCCAACAUGCUGUGUGGCAGUCUCGGAAUCUGACCUGAAAAAUAACCGGACACUAGAUGAACUAGUAAAGAGCUUUAAUUCUGCAAGAAAACAGCUGUUCCAGUUGGUCUUGGAUACUCCACUGAUUUCAUCUCCACUGGCCUGUAGCAGGCAUUCACCUGGCAAAGACCAUGUUAGGAGUCCUGUUUCUUGCCCAGUUUUAAAAGAAGAGGUGCCAGUGAUUGACAGUUUCUUGAGAAAGCAAAGAGUUUGCACCUUGACAAAAACAGAUGGCCUGGCAGGAACAGAUCAGAAGAUUUUCAAAACUGCGGAACACCAUAACCUUUCUAGCAGCUCUGCAGAGAUUGAUGGUAAAGACAAUGAAGUGGGAUCACAAGAGAGCCCUGAGUGCACCAGAAGUCAUGAAAAGCCUUCUACAUCUAUGGUAAAAGUAGUCAAGAAAGUUGAAUGUCCUGUUUGUGAGGUUGCUAUUCCAGAGCAAUAUAUAAACAAACAUCUGGAUAGCUGCUUGACAAGAGAAGAGAAGAAGGACAGCCUCAGAAGUUCUGCUCACAAAAGGAAGCCUAUGUCUAAAGUUGUUUACAACUUGCUCUCUGAUCGUGAGUUGAAGAAGAAACUAAAGGAACAUGGUCUGUCUACCCACGGAACCCGACAACAGCUUAUUAAGAGACACCAAGAGUUUGUGCACAUGUAUAAUGCUCAAUGUGAUUCUCUAAACCCCAAAUCAGUUGCAGAUGUUGUUAAAGAGCUGGAAAAGAAUGAGAAGAUUCGGGUUCAACUUGAUUUUAAUAAAACCGGUGAAAAUAGCUUGACUUUUACAAAGGACCAGACAGAGGAAGAGAUAGAUGAGAUCCAUGCUGAUUAUC